AUUAUGUACAUGAAGCUCUAUUAUUUAUUGCAUCGUAUCCUGGCAGGCAGCGGUCCACUCGCUUGUUGCUCUCACUCCUACCAGUACAAGGACCCGCAAGUAUAUAUCAGCUACUGAAACUCAAGCGUUCAUGCUGGGCAACUCUUGUACUUCUGGGCUGCCGUCGUUCAAGAGGAGGCCAACUGUGCCCGCCUUUCGCUCCCGCUGUUCUAGCGUAAUUGGGCAAGGUUUUAUACCGAUAGCCUCAACUGUGGGCCGGCUUCAAAAGGCUGGCCAGCUGGCCCGCACCAUGACGAGGCUCCACGCAGUGCCAGGGACCAACUCGCGUGUUGCGGUCGACAACGUGGUGGUGCCGGGCGAGACUGUGGAAAUGAAGCUGGCGCGGGCCAAGGGCUACCCCUACCCCCGACCCAACACCUCUUUCCUUUUUAUCAACAGCGACACGGCUGGCGGCGAGGGCCAGGGCGAGGUUUUCCUGUUUGACAACGAGCAGUGGCGGGGGCAGCAGCACAUGCCACACAUCCGGGGUCGCUGCGGCACCCAGGCGGCUGACUUCGCGGUCGCUCGCGGCGUGGACCUGUCUCGCCUGGCCGGUCAGAAGAUGUGGCCGGUGCUGGCGAUAGGCAGCAACGCCGGCCCCGAGCAGCUGCGGCGCAAAUACCCGGCGGCGGACUUCCCGGGCGCAGUCAUCGCGGUGAUUCAGAUCCAGCUCCACGGCUUCGACGUGGUGUACACGCCGUACCUGGCCUCGUACGGCAGCUGUACGGCCACGCUGGAGGCCUCGCCCGGCACCUGCGUCAGCAUCUUCAUCACCUACCUGACCGAGCCGCUGAUGGAGCGCAUGCACGCCACGGAGGGCGGCUACAACCUCACCCGCCUCGGGGGGCUGCAUGUGGAGGUGGCGCCGCAUGGAGGUGGCGGCAAGAGCAGCAGCAGCAACGGCGGCAGCAGCAGCGGCGAUGGGACAAGCAAGGGUGUCAGCAGCAGCAACGGGCAAAGCGGGAAGCACGCCGCGUCGGGAGGAAAGGCGGGGGCGUUUGAGGUCGUUGACACGGUGUAUCAGUACAACCACAAACUGGGCUGCAUCAACCUGCCGCUGCGGCUGCCGGGCAGCAGUCAGGAACAGCGGCAGCAACAGGAUGGUGGAGCCGAGUGCAGCCCGGUGGCUAUUGCGGAGAUCCCCGCAGUCGGCCGCGCCUUCCCCGCUGCCACCCAGCCACAGAUGCUUGCGGCGCUGCGGGAGGCGCUCGGCGGCAGUGUCAAUAGCAGCAACAAUGACAAUGGGAACGGCCAAGGCGAGGGCGAGGGCGGUGACGGCGACGUGACGGCGCCCCUGCAGCCGAUUGACCUGGAUGCAGUCGGUAUGCCCGAGGCGCAGGCGGGCCUGGACCAGUGGAUCCUGCGGAUGGUGGGAGACCAGGGGCUGCGGCAGGCGGUGUGCGAGCGGUUGGCAGGCCACGCGCGGCCCUUCACCCACUCGCAGUCGGAGUUGAUGGUGACGCUGUGAGAGCCGGGGCGGACAACGGAAACGUCCACAUGGGGGAAGCAUGCAGUGUGGUCACUUAUCUAUAGAUUCAUAUUUAAGCGGAUGAAUACGGAAUGCGGUUUGCGGUUUGCGCUUCGUGAUCGUGAAUCAGGGAUCGCGAGCGGCGUGUCAAAGCGGGUGGUGGGCAGGACGAAGAAUAAAGCAACACGACGGAGGGGCGUGUGGCGCAUGAGGGCAAUAGGGCAGGAUGGGCAGGCGGUAUGCAUCCAUAGGAGUGUGAUAGGAUUCGCGGCAUGCGGACUGCGACGGAGGAGUCCUCCGCGCUUGAUUGGCUUGGGGAAAUGGGGAGAUCUGCAGGCCGGCCAUCCUUUGACGCCAGCGGCAGAGCGGCUAGCAAACAAGCGCAUGAGGCAAGACUGCAAGGGCAAGAGCAAAGCGCUCGCAGCAACGCUGUAUCGCAGUAUGGUGCAGUCCUUUUGAUCCCCGUCUUUGAAUGUCUGCUAGUAACGGCUUUUGCCCCACGGCGGGCCACAGGUUCGCCACAACCGCUGUCCACCAGUCUCCCUUGCGCAGCUGUGGUCAGCUGGUGCUCUGCACCAACUGACCAGCAUUUGAGUGCAGGAAGCGGAGUAAGGCGCAUCCGCGCAUGCUAGGGCUUCGUGCUGUAUUUGAACGCCACUUCGCCAGGGCGCUAGAUUUGCUAGGCAUGUUGAGCGCGUUGAGCAUGGCGCUCUCAGGCCCUAAUGGCUUACCGAGUACGCAAGGAGCCGAG